AUGUGCCAAAUGCUAUUCAUCUACCACACCACCUGCGGGCAUCGCGGCUUCACUCGAACCCCGCUCACGCCCACCUGUGGCUACAGCUGCACGCUGCUUCUCAAGCACCUCGACGUCCCGCAUCACUGCCCCGAGUGCAGCAGCAUCCCAGCUGCACCCGGGGUCGCUGGCAUGAUUCCGUAUAUGCGGGCCCCCGAGCCCCGGCCCCAGCGGCGUCUGCAGAAUGCUGAGAAGAAGAAGGAGGAUGAGAAGAAGAAGAAGCUUAAGGAGGAAGAGGAGAAGGAGAGGGAGAAGGAGGGAGAAGGAGGGGCGAGUGAGGAAGGAGGGGUGGAUUGGAAGGAGCGGUUUGCAACGGUGCUUAGAGGGGUUGUGGGGGAGGUUGGGGCGUUGGUGGUGGUGGAGAUGCUGAAUAGGAGGGAGUGA